AUGAAACUGGGGAUUAAUCUCAAGACCGGGCAUCGAUGGUCACUCACUUCUUGGAGGAGCAAAACUCUACCAGCUGAUGGGUCUUUUACAUUAACAGCAGACCCAAAUGGCACAGACCAAAUGGUCAUCCUGAGGCGAGGGAACAUCCACUGGAGGAGUGGAUCAUGGCUGAUCAAUGCUGGAUUCGAGAACACAUAUCUACAGAAUUCGGGUCCUGAUGUUCGCCUUUACUAUAUUUCUAAUGAGACCGAGCAAUCCUUCACAUAUUUAACUAGAACGUAUGAUUCAACCCCAGCUCUGAUGAUGGGUUUAAACGGCCAGCUUAUGGGUUCAACUCUGCAGUUAGAUGUCCAAUGUCGCUCAAUCAAGGACAAUGGUUCUGGUUGUGCUGAAUAUGAGUUUGAAGAGUUGGACUGCAGGAAAGACUGUGGGUUUUAUAAGAGUUCUUACAGCAUGUAUGGGGAUGAGUAUGAAUAUGAUGAAAGCUAUAACUUGACUUCAUAUGAUAGCCAAAGACUAUGCUGCACCAAUUGUUCUUGCAUGGCCUAUACUUAUGCAACCACAAACAGGGCCACCUGCAAGACAUAUGGCCAAAGGACAGGGGAAGCUAAAAAUCAGUCAUAUAGAGAAUAUUACGCCAUCACGUGUUAUCAUGAAGAAGAGGAGAAGAAAUGGGUCCGGUUUUGGUCGAUCAUCGCGAUUGCAUCUGUAUUUUCAUUCCUAUCAUGCUAUUUCUUAUACAAGAAGCUUAAUAUUAACGGGAAAGCUGUUAAAUAUGUCAUGUUGGUUGUAUUUUUGGAAGUGAAGAAAAUCCUAAAGCUGUUGCUGCAUCGUCUGAGGCACUUCUACAAAUACAUACGAGCAGAUAACAAGGUGAAUGCUGAGCUGCAUUACUUCACAUUUCAAAGCAUCUCAUCUGCCACAAACAAUUUCUCAAGCGCUAAUAAGUUAGGGGAGGGGGGUUUUGGAGCAGUUUAUAAGGGAAAAUUAGUUGAUGGGCAAGAGGUUGCUGUAAAACGACUUUCAAGAAGCUCUGAACAAGGAGUCAAGGAGUUUAAGAAUGAAACCGAACUCAUAGCCAAACUUCAACACACUAAUCUUGUCAAGCUUAUAGGGUGUUGCAUUGAGAAGAAAGAGAAAAUCCUUGUAUACGAGUACAUGCCUAAUAAAAGCUUGGAUUCCUUUCUAUUUGAUCCUAGGAAGAAAGGACUACUGGAUUGGAAUACCCGGCUUGUAAUCAUUGACGACAUUGCUCAGGGACUCCUAUAUCUCCAUAGGUUUUCAAGGCUGAGGGUUAUUCAUAGAGAUCUGAAAGCGAGUAAUAUCUUGCUAGAUGACUACCUUAAGCCAAAAAUUUCAGAUCUUGGUAUGGCUAAGUUAUUUGGGAUCGAUGAGUCUGAAGCAUAUACAAGUCGAGUCGUUGGAACUCGUGGUUAUAUGCCGCCCGAGUAUAUGUUAGAAGGCUCUGUUUCAACAAAGACGGAUGUGUUUGGUUUUGGUGUUUUGUUGCUUGAAAUUGUAAGUAGCAAGAUGAAUCACGGGAGCACCCAACAUGAUGCGGAACACCCACUCAAUCUUCUUGGACACGCAUGGGAACUAUGGAAUGAAGCAGGAAGAGGUUUGGAGUUGAUGGAUCCGGUACUAGAAGAUUCAUGCACUCCCAAGGAAGUAAUGACAUGCAUUCAUGUGGGUCUCCUAUGUGUUCAAGAUCAUGCCAUCGAUAGACCUACCAUGUCAGAAGUUAUUUCUAUGCUCACAAAUGAAAAUAUGCAUCUACCUGAGCCAAAACGACCAACUUUCUUCAUUGAGAGGCAUCAAGCAGAUUCUGCAAGAGAUGAUAAUAUAGGAAAUGACUCCGUGAAUGGGCAAUCAAUUUCAAUUUUAGUGGCAAGAUAGGAGGAGAAAAAAGCAUGUGUAAUAUCGUUAUAUACACUGCAUGCAAAGAAGUCUGACCGGGUAGUAAUAUAUUGCUUACAAUCUUAAUGAUUUAUAAUUUUCAAGUGUUCAAGAUGUUGAACUUUAUAUAUAUGAAAAUUACCAUUAU